UCACCAGUUGUUUCCCGAGCCGGAUACGUCUGUGAUGAGCUGUCGUGAGUCGAAGAGGUCCCUCAGCGGCCCCCUCAUCAGCUCGUUGACCACACCCUCCUCCAUGUCCACCAACACCGCCUUACACACACCACAUCAUGCCAACCACCAUAGGUCACCAUGGGUGGAUGGAUGUGUCCUCACUCACCCGUGCCCGCAGCGUCUUGACGGGGGCAGUGCCAUCGCCAACCGGGAUCUCCUUCGGAUCUGAAAACCUGCACACACACACACACACACACAGAGAGAGAGAGAGAGAGAGAUCAAGGGAUGAAUCGGACAGGCAGAUCUUGCAGUGGACAUUUCCUUAUCUGAUCUGCCCACCGUGUGUCGACGUUUCUGAAGAGAACUGAGGUGCCGGCGUCGAAGUGUCCCUUCUUGUUGUAUGAGGCAUGUUCGUUGAGGGCUUCGCUCCAGAAGAUGCUGCCGAUCUGGUUGCCGCACUGACCCACCUGCACCACUAUCAACUCCCGAGGCAU